CUAUAACUCUUUAUUUCCCUCACAUCCUCUUAUUUGGACUCUUGAUUAUCAAAUAUGGUAAUGCUACUCCUAGUGUUAUUACUAAGUUUAUUAACUCUUUCCUCGGCCCGGACAUACGCUUGGCACGAGUCAUGCGAUAAAUAUUCAGAUUUUCCAGGUGUUAAGGAUGUGAUGGACGAGGUGAUAAGAAGUGCUAGACUAGCUCAUCGUUAUUUAGAGCUAAAAGAUAGUCCCCCUGGCAUCGAUCGUGCCUUCCGUCGUAUGUUUGAUCCUAGGGAUCCCUCUGCGUAUGAAAGUACCGCCCGGAGGGUGGCAUCUGUUAUGCGUAGUGUAACGGAAAUGAGACCUUCGCCUCAAUUCUUCGACGCAGAGGCGCUAUUCUACUGCGACAACGAUAAGCGGUGGAAGAUCAAACUUGACCAAGAGAGCGGACAAUCCCCACUCCAGGAAAUGAUAAAAUCUUGGCGUCGUCAGUUUCCAUCUUUACAUACCAAAAAAGAUGAAGAGAUCAUUGAAAGACUAUUGAUGUAUAGCCCAACAAGAGUAAGGGGAAUGGUCACGUUCGAAGACGCUGAGAGCGGGAUGGUCACGAAUGACUUCCCAGGCUGCAUGGACCCAGAAUAUUCUACGAGUGUGGGCGCGAUAAUGUAUCGAGAUCAAGCCCCCAGUACCGCAGACACGAUACCUGAAAGCCGGAACACUCUCACGCUAUGUGAUGCAGUGCUGAAAAGUGGAUUCAGAACUAUGGAGCACUACGUACAAGAGGCCACCAAAAACGAUCCGCAUAGGGUGCUAAAUCUCCAGGUCUUCGAAGCAGACAAAUUGGUUUCGUUUCUUAGCCUUACAUUACUUCAUGAGCUCAUGCAUGUGCUGUAUACCGAAAUAGGGGACGAAAAGUACGGGACAGGGUGGACUGCUUGUCAACAGUUACCUACGAGCGCUGCGCUCAUAAAUGCGGAAAGCUAUGCUUAUUUCGGUAUACUCGCACUAUUAUUUGAGAUGGGGUAUGAACUAAGUUCUAGUCCAAGAGAGGCUUACGUUGGUAAAUUAGUUAAAAAAACUUCCUAG